AUGCAAGUCGGCUGUGUCUACGCGUUGAGAGCUGGUUUUCGCAAUGGUGUAACGUGGCCAGUCAAGAUGUUCGGAAUCAUAGCGACCAUCCUUCUUGGUGGUGCUCUAUUUCCACAGUUUUGGGAGAUAUUCAAACGAAAAGAAGUAGUGGGCCUCUCGAUCACAUUCAUCAUUGUUGAUAUGUUGGGAGGUGUCUUCAGUGCUGCUUCCUUAGGUUUUGCACCUCCUCCAUUAGAUGCAUUUGCUGCAAGCGCCUAUCUUAUAGUCGUCUUCUUCGAAGUCUUGAUUCUUCUGUUGGCAGCUAUUUUAAAUCCAAUUGCAUACUAUCGCCGCCAUCGUGCAAACGCGAAUGGAACUAUUAAAGAGAUCGAAACUGCGGAUAAAAUAGCAUCCUCAAAGGAAACUGUCGUUCAUCUCGAGUCGAAUAGGAACAAUUCUACUGAUUCUUCUCACGAACGUGUGCAUUGGUUUUAA